AUAAUAUGUUCGUACUUCGUAUCAUUAAUUAUUCCAUAGUACUUAGCUAGCUACAUAAUUAUAUACUAAUCUGUGAUAGUACUCUGUGCCAAAGAGUAAAAUAACUUGCUUACACAACUCUGUGCAUUAAAUCAAUCAAUCAACUGUUCUUAUGUCGAUGUCUAAUCAAAAAAAAUACGGUCUUAUCGUCAGAGAGAAUUCAAAGCCUAAAUCUCUGGCAUUUGAAGCUUCUCGCAAUGUUUUCGGAAGUGAUGCAGAUUCGGAUGAUGAUAAAGGAACGAAGCCGGUUCUGUUGCAGCCUAGUGCUAACAUUAAUAGACAGGCCAAAGUUACUCAAGAGAAAGCUAUCACAGAAGAUCCUACAGUUUAUCAAUAUGACGAAAUAUAUGAUUCUAUGUCAAGAGAAAAAACGAAUAAGCAAAGUAAAACCCAAGAAGAAAAAAAACCAAGAUAUAUAGAAAAUUUAAUUAAAACUGCUAACAAAAGAAAAUUAGAAAAUGAACGUCGAAUUGAACGCCAGAUUCAGAAAGAAAGAGAAAAGGAAGGUGAUGAAUUCGCUGAUAAAGAAGUUUUUGUUACUUCAGCAUACAAGAAAAAACUUGAAGAGUUACGAGAAGAAGAAGAAAAAGAAAAAUAUGAAGCUUAUUUGGAAAGCAUUGGAGAUGUUACUCAACAGAAAGAUUUAGGUGGAUUCUAUAGACAUUUAUAUGAGCAAAAACUAGGACCCGAUAAAGUAGUGGAAGGUAAGAAGAAUGUAAGCAACAAAGAUGUGCAACCUAUAACAGAAAAUAAAAAAGAAGAAAUAACGAAAUUGGAACAACAACAACAGAACAUAGAACAACCCGAGUCAUCUAAGAAGAGUCAACAAAGCAAACAAAGAAAUUAUAGAAAAAGAAAAACUUCUAAUGACAUAAAAUUAUCUGAAGGAGAAAUUGAAGAUACUGAUGAUGAAAUAAAGUUUUCUAAUUUAAACGAUGUAAAAAUUUACAAGAAAGCAAGAGCCAAUGAAAAUAUUGAUGCUGAUUCAGAUUUUUCUAUUGAUGAGUCAAGUGAUGAAGAAUCUAACAAAAAAGAUGGGACUGAAGUGUCCAACAAAAAUCCAGAGGUCAAAAAAAAUAAUCAGGAAAGCCCUAAAGAACAAAUUUUACUAAAAGAAGAAAAGUUAUUAGAUUCAGAAAAAUUAGAAAAGUCAAAACCAAAAGUAGACAUAUGGAAAAAAAGAACUGUUGGGGAUGUUUUUGAACAGGCUUUAAAGAGGUAUUAUGAGAGGAAAGCUUCUAGAGGUGGUUAAAAUUAAUUAUGUAAAUAAUAAACAUUUUUUCGCACA